AUGAACAGCGUCUCGGGCAGCACAGCGCCUAGUAUUACUAUUACGGCCUUGGCCAGCAUCGGUCAUCCCAAGUGGUGCGGGUUGGGCACGGGCGCUGCGAACCACUUCUCGGCCGAUGUCUGCAGCGUCAUGCAGAUUCGAAUCCCCGUGGUUGGCCAGCUGCGUCCGAAGCCGCGGUCUGGACCUCGACUGCGUUCCAAUCUGCAACGCACAAAGACAGUCCGAACUUAUCUAUGCACGGCCAAAGUGUACAGUAGGGAUGAGCCGCAAACGACCAGCCUUGUGGAUUUACAAAAGGCUCUUCUUGCCUGA